AUGGCCAGCAAUAGGCGGAGUACGUGCUGUAGCGAAACGGCCUUGGGAACACCGUUUGGCAACGUCGAGGACAUAGAUGCAUUUUGCGGCGAGGAUUUCGACGUCAGCACUUGGCUGAACCAAUCUUACGAACGAACUGGCGGCAACAAAGAGGCGUUCGUUUCGUCGCUCGUCUCCAAGAUGCAACUCUACGUUCAGCAUACAAACGUGGCGCUCGAGCAGACGGGUGGCCUAGUGCUUAAGAACGUCCCGCAGGUGAUCCACAACGCAAACAUGCUGCAGAUUGAGACGGGACUGCUGAAGCAGCGCAUGAGCCAGGUACAGCGAGAAAUUUCGCACCUACAUGCCGAGACGGGCGAUUGCAUGGCUAGCCUGGAGAGGCUGGAUUCCGUCAAGGGCCGCCUGCAGAGUUCUAGGCAGUGUUUGCAAGAGGCGGACGGUUGGGGCAAAUUGGCCGGAGAGCUGGAUGAUUUGUUGGAGCGAUCGGACAUUGAUGCGGCCAGCAGCAAAUUGUUUUCGCUCCAGAAAUCGCUGGCCGCGCAGGUUGGUCUGCACGGACAGUCGGAGCGCGAAGGUCAGGUGGAGUACUUCAAGAAUCGCCUGGAAGCCCUGAUCAGCCCGUCGGUUGUGGCCGCGUUGCGCUCCCUAGACGGGGCCGCCUGUCGACGGUACGUCGGAAUUUUCGAGGGAAUCGGCCGGUUGGAUCAGUACCGGCAGUACUACCGGACGGUGCUCAAGAGCUUCGUUCACGAGCACUGGCGCAAUGCGGUCGAGGGCAGCGAAAGCGGUGGGUCGGACGUGCUGAAAGAGUUUUACGAUCUGUUGCUUGAGCUGCUGAAAACGCAUCUCCGUUGGUGUGGCCAAACGUUCGGCGCUGUCACUGAAUGUGUCCUAGCCAUCGCCGAUGCGCUCGAAAAUCUCGAACCAACACGCGAAAGCGUUGUUCGUAGUGCACUCAAGCGUUCGAGCGACAAGUUUUGGACGUUGAAGCAAUUCGCCCACGUGAACGUGGCCGCCGGUGGCCAGAUGGAGCUGUGGGCACGCGGGGGUCCACAGCAAGAAGUGAGCAAGUGCACCGACGAAUCCGUUCUGGAUCGGCUCUCGGGUGCAAUGUUCACUUAUUUUGGCAUAUUCCUCAAAGAGUAUCCGACACUGGAAAACGCGCACCUGGAAGCGGCAUUGCAGAACCUGACGAUCGUUGGCACGACACCGUCGGACAGUGUCCACAACCUCGAAAGUGCCAACACGAAGGUCAUUCGCUGGACAACGGAAGCUCUGACACGGUGCGAAGAAAUUACGCAGAACUGUGCUCUUCUGUCGCUCGGAAGCGUCCUGCAGAACUAUCUGGUGGCCUAUCUGGAUCAUUACAAUCGCUGCCAAAAGCACCUGGCCGCCAGUCAGCAGAAUCAGACUGACUGGAAUUUGCUGCAACUGAGCGUCGUACUCCUACAGUGUCUCGGAACAUUCCGCCAGACCGUGCAGGAAGCGGAGCAAACAUUCGUCCGCAGUGUACUGGCCAAACAGAGCCAAAUGGCCACGGGUAAAGCUGUAGCGCGCUUCGCUUACCGCCUGCAAACGAAGGGCGACGCGAAUGAGUUGGAAAAAUUGGCCACCACAUUCCAGCAAACCAUGGCCGACGGAUCGGGCUCGACCGUGGAGUACUUUGCCGAGUUCCACGAGCGCAUGAAGCGGACGUGUGAAGACAUUCACGAUACGCUCCUGCGCAUCGCUUUUUCGCCCAUCACAAACCACCUUAAGCAACUGGAAGCGAACGGAAGCGGCACCGUGGGAGCAUCAUCUAUGCCGGCCGACAGCUUGCCCGACUUCAGCUACGCCCCGCAAGAAUACAUCACCCUCAUUUGUCAGUAUUUGCUGACCCUACCGCAACAUCUCGAACCACUGCUGUUUGCGCCGGCUCCCGUUCUAAAGGCAGUGCUCGAAGUAGCGGACACUCGGUACACCUCGAGCCGUCCCUGUGCCGAUGUGUUUCUCGCGCUGAUCGUCGAAGAAUCGGAAGCGUUGUACGUGGAGCAGAUCGAGAACAUUUGCUCGCUUGCCCCAUCCGAAGCGAAGCAACUGGCCACCGAUAUUGAAUACUUUGGCAGUGUGCUGGAGGAAAUGGGACAAUCGCUGGGCAACAAUCUGCAACAGACGGUCAAACUAUUGCGGGCGCCCCUGGAAUCGUACUCUGCCGCGGCUGCUGGCUGUGAUCCAAUGUUGGUGGCAGCCAUCCGACAAAAGCGAAACCUCGUUUCUUGCUGAGGGUGAUGCCGAGAUAGAAGUAGAAUAUAUUACAUUGGUUCAUUCCCUGCGUAGAACGUCGGGCCUUCAACAGCUUCAGCCGAAAACACGAAAACAAGGAAUUUAUACGAGACAUUUUCAGCACGUUGAAUUUUAUUAAUGACCUCCUUAACAUUUGCUACCCGUUCGCGGCGCGCCUUUCUUUCGCUGCUGCUGCCAUUUCAUCAAUAUGUACAGUAUUAAUUACAGAAACACGCUUCGCUAGCUGCUGUGCACAGAAGAAAUUACUAACACGGGCGUCCGGAACGUUCUAAAACAUUUUUUUUCUCUCAUCGACGAUCCGGAUCAGUAAUGGAUCAUGAAUUAUUUUGCAAUUGUUUUGUCACCAUAACACAUAUUGAGGCGUUCAGCAAACCGUUCCACCGUUCUCUGAGCCAAGUUGGCCUUCAAACAGAUCAGAGAUGAACAAUUUGACGAUCGAUGACGAUCGUGAGUUCUUCUUCCAUGGAGAAAACCGUCUUAAAACGUGCCCUUGCACGAGCUGCCUGUGACUUAGAAACACCCGGUCGGACAUUGGCGCUGGAUAGAAUCUGCGGGUGGCCGCACGUACAGCUUGCUAAACCUAUUUGAUCAGUGAGUUUAAUUUUUCGUAGUUUUUCGUGACGCUUGCGAACGACAAUAUCGGCCCGCUUAUCGGAAGGUACAGAAGAAUAUUUUUAAAAGAUGUCACGAGUUUAAACUAUUCCGCUCAGUACGAAAGCGUUUCAAGAUUUGGCUUAAAAAAUAAGUCGUUUUCUGAUGCUAACGACAGCAGGUGUACAGAAGCUUCAAACAGAAACAUGGUCACCGGAAUGCGAAUGAACUAUUCACAGUGAUGCAUUAAAUUAUACAAGC